ACCCGGAAAUCCGGUUUGAGCCUGAAAUUUCAAAUUUAAGGAUGUCAGGACGUCAUGAAAGGGUGGACAGCUGUGCUUUCCCUCAAGCAUUCGGGCUUUGUGUCUUAUUCUCAACCUACUUCUAGUGCUUCUCGUCAUCUUGCGUAUCUUGAUACUUGACGCAGCCUUCGUCGUAGACCUUAGUGUUGUUGCUAGCCGUCGCUGAGAAUUAUGUCUCUCUCCAGCACUGAGAAACUAGGGGCGCACGAGUCUUCCAAAGCAGGUGCCGAAAAAGUUGCAGCGUCCGCAGAAGAGAGUUGGCCCACAAAAGACUUUGGUUUUAUACCGAUCCCGAAAAGGCUCCAAUACAAUCCCGUCAAACCUUUUCACUUCGGCAUCUUGCUCAACAUGUCCUUUGGAUUUGCUAGCACAUUCAUUGUCGCUAACUUGUAUUAUUGUCAACCACUGUUGAUCGAAUUUUCGAAAUCAUUCGAUGUAACAUAUGAAGAGGUUUCACGUAUUCCCACCCUCGUCCAAGCAGGGUAUUUAGUGGGAUUGCUUCUGAUAUCCCCCCUCGGCGACCUUGUUCGACGCAGACAGCUAGUGUUACUGCUGGUUGCGACAUCUACUACUCUCACGAUAGGCUUGGCCGUGACCAAUAAUUUCCAGGUCUUCGAGACUUUGUCCUUCUUGGUUGGCGUUGCAACUGUCACUCCCCAGAUCUUGAUGCCUCUAGCUGCAGAUCUGGCUGCACCUGAUCGCAGAGCGUCUGCAUUGUCCGUGGUACUCUCGGGUCUCAUGCUGGGUGUCCUGAUCGCUCGUGUCUUGGCUGGCGUCAUAGGCAAUUUUACAACCUGGCGUGUAGUCUACUAUAUGUCAAUUGGUGUCCAGUUACUCGUUUUUAUUGGCGCCUACCUGGUCCUUCCUGACUAUCCAUCCAAAAACCGUGACUUGACCUACUUCCAAAUCUUAUUUUCGAUGGCCAAGUAUGCGGUAACGGAGCCACUAGUGAUACAGGUGGCCAUUAUAAAUAUUGCAUCCAGCGCAUGUUUUACCAGUUUCUGGGUCACUCUUACCUUCCUUCUUGGAGGUCCACCCUACUACUACUCCACUCUCAUAAUUGGUCUCUUUGGUCUCGUUGGCAUGCUAGGCGUGCUCGUUGGUCCUUUCGCAGGACGUAUCAUUGAUAGGCUGGUUCCUUGGUAUGCGACGUUGAUAGCGACUUGCUUGCUCAUAGCUUCCCAAGCUGUACAGACCGCAGCAGGAGGGAUCAAUGUUGCAGCUGUCGUCAUCGCAUGCUUCGGACUUGAUGUUGCGCGUCAGUCUCAGCAAGUAUCCAUGACCACUCGAGUCUUAAGCAUAUCUUCCGCAGCUCGUGCGCGCUUAAACGCCAUUCUCAUUCUAUCACUGUUCAUCGGGCAGGUGAUGGGCACGUCUGUUGGCACCCAAGUUUUCGUGCAACACGGAUGGAGAGCAUGUUCAUUGUUCAUGCUGGCGCUGCAAGGCUUCCAAAUCGUGGUUUUAUUGCUCCGCGGUCCACAUUGUCCUCGAAAUCAUUGGUUUGGAUACGAAGGGGGACUGGAGGCGCGCCAACGUGUUGUCUUUGAGAGGGAGACAGCAUGGAGUAGCGAGGAGAAAGAGGUGGAAUACGAUAAAGAGGCGCAGAAGGAGAUACCGAUGCAAAAUGGUGAAGGCCUGCGGUCCGACACAUCAUAGAUACCGAAGUAGAGGAUAGAGCGCAUGCACUGGAAAUAUUCAGCUGGAUGUGAUGUUGAAUUUCCUUUGGAUGUUUUAGGUGUGAGUCGCCGCGGGAUAUUCCCCAGACGGACUGUGGCCCAAUCAGAGAAAAAAAAUCGCAAUCCAUCUGUUGUUGGAGCCGAUUUGGUGGCGUCAAAGUAUGACAUGUGGCAAGUCGGGAUCUCGUACAAAUACUAGUACUUAAGUAUAUCACGGAGCGAAAAAAAAAUUGCCAAGUAUGUAGUUCCGAGCUUUAAUGUGCGGUUCAAAAUUCAGACAUGUGCCAAACAUUGUACUAGAAUAGCCGCAACCAUGCUAAGGCGUUUAGCAUACUCCACAGUC